ACUGUGUAUACACAACUAGGGAGCAAACCAACCGGCACAUUUAAAGCAGCCUUUUUAACCCUGAGACUUUCCAAGAUCUCUUCCUCCCCCAGGAAGUUUCCUUUUUUUCUAUUGUCAGACUUAGCACCGUGCUCUUGUAAUCAGAUCAGAGAGCUAGGAUCUCUGCUGCACAGUAGAGAGGCUUCCUUAAGAUAUUUGUCCUUGAAACUGCACCAAACUCUUGGAAGAACCCAGAACCUUGCUGUUGGGAAAGUAUUCUGCAUUCAGUAGCAUUGUUGGCCAUCCCCUGUAAUGAAUUUCUGAAGAGCCCUGAAAACCUGAAGAAUCGAGGCCUGAUUAGUAUUUUGAGCUGGCGAUUUACUGGUUCAUCGAUAAAACAAUAUUAUAUUAUGAAGAUGUAAGAAAAAUUCCGUGCUCACAUUGUUGAAGUUUGAAAGAUUCAGCCCAAUGUUGUAGCCCAGGGGUCAGAGAAGCACAGCCUAAGGGCCAAAUCCUGUCAGCUUUUUAGAUAUUCCCAAGUUUUCUAGGGAGCCCUGUAAUAUUCAGAAGAGGAUAGAGGAGACUCCCAGAGCUGAAAGGGCUUCUCUGCAGAAUGUCAAGCAAAGAUCGACACAUUGAUUCUAGCUGUUCGUCAUAUAUCAAGACGGAACCCUCAAGUCCUGCCUCCUUAACGGACAGCAUCAACCACCACAGCCCCGGUGGCUCUUCAGACGCCAGCGGGAGCUAUAGUUCAACCAUGAAUGGCCAUCAGAAUGGACUUGAUUCACCACCUCUGUACCCUUCUGCCCCGGUCCUUGGAGGUAAUGGGCCUGUCAGGAAACGAUAUGAUGAUUGUUCCAGCACCAUUGCAGAAGAUUCGCAGACCAAGUGUGAAUACAUGCUGAACUCGAUGCCCAAGAGACUGUGUUUGGUGUGUGGCGAUAUUGCAUCUGGGUACCACUAUGGGGUAGCUUCGUGUGAAGCUUGCAAGGCUUUCUUCAAGAGGACAAUUCAAGGUAAUAUAGAAUACAGCUGUCCAGCCACAAAUGAAUGUGAAAUCACAAAGCGCAGACGCAAAUCCUGCCAGGCCUGCCGUUUCAUGAAAUGCCUAAAGGUUGGCAUGCUGAAGGAAGGAGUGCGUCUUGAUAGAGUACGUGGAGGUCGCCAGAAGUACAAACGCAGAAUAGAUGCAGAGAACAGCCCAUACCUGAACCCUCAGCUCGUUCAGCCAGCUAAAAAGCCAUUGCUCUGGUCCGUUCCUGCAGAUAACAAGAUUGUCUCACAUUUGCUGGUGGCUGAACCGGAGAAGAUCUAUGCCAUGCCUGACCCUACUGUUCCAGACAGUGACAUCAAAGCUCUCACUACUCUCUGUGACCUGGCUGAUAGAGAACUGGUGGUCAUCAUUGGAUGGGCUAAGCAUAUUCCAGGUUUCUCUACUUUGUCUUUGGCUGAUCAGAUGAGCCUUCUGCAAAGUGCAUGGAUGGAGAUUUUGAUCCUUGGUGUUGUAUACCGAUCACUUUCUUUUGAGGAUGAACUUGUCUAUGCAGAAGAUUAUAUUAUGGAUGAAGAUCAGUCCAAAUUAGCAGGCCUCCUUGACCUCAACAAUGCCAUCCUGCAGCUGGUAAAGAAAUACAAGAGCAUGAAGCUGGAGAAAGAAGAGUUUGUCACCCUCAAAGCUAUAGCGCUUGCUAAUUCAGAUUCAAUGCACAUAGAAGAUGUUGAAGCAGUUCAGAAACUUCAAGAUGUCUUACAUGAGGCUCUUCAGGAUUACGAGGCUGGCCAGCACAUGGAAGACCCUCGUCGGGCCGGCAAGAUGUUGAUGACUCUCCCGCUUCUGAGGCAAACCUCUACCAAGGCUGUGCAACACUUCUACAACAUCAAAUUGGAAGGCAAAGUUCCUAUGCACAAACUUUUUUUGGAAAUGCUGGAGGCCAAGGUCUGACUAAAAGCACCACAGGCCUUCCCAUCAUGCACGCUGAAAAAGGGAAAAUAAAUGGGAGAGUUAAUGGCAAAGAAACUUUAAACGACAACAAAAAAAAUGACUGCACUGAUCAUUUAGCAGCAAGACUGUGAUGCAGCUUUCAACUUCCUCUGUAUCUUUUGAUGCAAUCUCUCUCUACUUUAUCUCUC